UAGUUGUACAUCCGGGUAAUUCUAAUAUGGAGGCGCCCAUCGAAUAGAAUUUGUGUCAAAAGCAAUAACAAUGUACCGCCCCACCAACGUUUAGAGUUCUUUUUCGUACAAACUGGUGAUACUGAGUUUUCAGGAGAAAGUCGUCAGCUAUUGAUUCAAUGGGUACCCCUGUAAAGGACAUUGUGAUUCCAGACAAUGCACAGAAGACUCUUCUGCUGCAGAAACAUGCUGAUUACAUAGCAGCAUAUGGUGCAAAAAAGGAUGACUAUGAGUACUGUAUAACAGAGUACCUACGGAUGAGUGGUAUGUACUGGGGACUGACGGCCAUGGACCUGAUGAAACAGGUGGAUCGAAUGAACAAAGAGGAGGUGCUCAGGUUUAUCCAGCAAUGUCAGCAUGAGUGUGGGGGUGUGAGUGCCAGCAUAGGUCAUGACCCCCACCUCCUGUACACGCUGAGUGCAAUACAGAUCCUGACAAUGUACGAUGCAUUAGAUAUGGUGAACACAGAAAAAGUGGUGGAAUUUGUGGUCUCACUUCAACAGGAAGAUGGCAGUUUUUAUGGAGAUAAAUGGGGUGAAGUUGACACCCGUUUCUCAUUUUGUGCUAUCGCAUGUUUAGCUUUACUGAAUAAGCUGAAUGCCAUUGAUGUGGACCGGGCAGUGGAGUUUGUACUGACCUGUAUGAACUUUGAUGGAGGGUUCGGUUGUCGCCCAGGGAGUGAGACUCACUCUGGACAAGUCUACUGCUGCGUGGGAAUGCUGGCAAUCACUGGCCGCCUGCAUCAUGUGAACGCAGACUUACUGGGAUGGUGGCUGUGUGAAAGACAACUUCCCUCUGGGGGCCUUAAUGGGCGUCCUGAAAAAUUACCAGAUGUUUGCUACUCAUGGUGGGUGCUAGCUUCCUUGAAGAUUAUUGGGAAACUUCACUGGAUAGACAAGGACAAACUUAUACAGUUCAUUCUGGCCAGUCAGGAUGAGGAGACUGGAGGGUUCGCUGACCGGCCCGGGGAUAUGGUUGAUCCCUUCCACACCCUAUUUGGGAUCGCAGGUCUGUCCUUGCUGGGGGAGGACCGGAUCAAGCCUGUGAAUCCAGUGUUUUGUAUGUCAGAGGAGGUCAUUCAGAGAGCAGGCAUAAGAGUUGAACUAUUGUAGGAAUGGUCACUGAUAUUCAGGGUCAGCUAGGAGCACUUUCUGUGAUACUGCUGUCAGUCUAGUCAGCAAGCGUACAAAGGAUCAAGAUGGUUGUCAGGGGGAUAGACUUAAAAAAAAAACAUCCUGCCUUUUUUAAUGAAUGAUUGGAAGGAACUGAAGAAAAGAGUAAUAGAAUGGAUGAAUGAAAUUUGCAUGCAGUCUGAUGUAUAAGGUAGCUUCAUUUUGUGUUUGUUAAAGACUAUCCUCUUGCCAACUUACUGCAAGAACAGCAUGUUUUGUAGUCCCAGUUGUUUUUUUCAGAAAUGUGUCAGAGUUACUUACCUUGAAUGAUCUACAUUUCACUGUUUAAGGAAAUAAACAAAAUGGAUACUAAGUAAUUAUGAAAUGCUAUAUACUUGAGCCAGCAGUAAUGUUAAACUAUGGGCACAAUAUGGUUUCAAUGUAAUUUCCAAGUCUAAUCCUCAUCCAAAUCAUGUAACAAAGGAACACAGCAUACCUUAUCAUCUACAUACAACUGCAGCGCUCAGCUUGCUCUUGUAGCACUUCAUUUAGUGUCAGGACAAAAAAUAGCUUUUGAUAUUGUUGGAUAAAUUCAAGUUAAAAAUGUUAUUAUUGAUCUAUUUUAAACAUAUGCAAGUAGUUUAACAUUAAUUAUCACAUGUCCAUUUUGAUGUUAUGUUAUUUUGUUCUCUUGGUGUUAUAGCAAAUAUUAAUAAAUGUUUUAAUCAAAUA